ACGGCAGACGUUGUUCUGAAGCGGUGUGGGGACGACAGCGUCUUUCCGUUCUUCCACGUGUCCCUGGUGUUUCUUUAUCAUGUGGCUCAGUACAACAACGUUAUUGGUACGGUCGGAAGAUUGUUCCCUUGGGAACGGGUCUGUGAGCGGCUCAAUUCGAUGCUUCUCUCAUACCGCACCCACGAGCGCCUCCAGAGCAAGGAGUUCCCUUUGCCUGCCGGCAGGGCAACUCCACGCCCCCUUCCCGAAGAUUUCGCCAUGAAGGGGCUGACGUGGACAAGCAACUAUUACCCAGAUGACUUCUUCUCGGACGACAAGAUCGACGAUGAUGAAAAGUAUUUUGAAGUCGCUUCGAUGACUGAUGAGAGACGCGAGCGGAUCUUGUGGAUAGCAGCUCGUCUCGCGGAGGGCCAAAAUUGGCUUGCCGUCAACGAGUCGUUCACCACGUUCAGUUUGCUUGACACCCCCACGGGCGAGUCAGGGCACCAAUCGACAGCAUCUCGUGUAUGA